AUGGCGUGGCCAUGGAUUAUUUCAACGAGUAUGCCGAAGAACAUUGGAAUGCAAAGGCAGAUCCAUACGAAGACAAAGACGGGAAUAAGGUGCGUCUACCUAAAGAGUUGGGCAACCAAAGAGAGAACAAAAAGCCUCGAAAAAAGAUCCAAUCACAGGCAUGGGUUGACGACAGGUGUUUCUUGGGGAAGUUGUGGAGUCGGUAUGGAUUGUGGAUUGCGAUUGGCUCCUUUGGUGGUUUUACUUUUCCCAGUUUUGGGUCCAAUAAUCAUGUAUGCAGUUCACGCAAGAUUAAUCAGUAUUGCCCAGCAGAAUUUCAAUCUCCCAAACAAACUAAUCUCGCAAAUGCAAGCAAAUAUCAUGUUUGAUUUAUUAAUCACUUUUCCUCCAGUUAUUGGGAGUUUCUUUGGUUGGUUGCAUUCCUGUUCCACCAGAAAUGCAGGAAUGGUUUAUGUUUACCUUGAAAAAAUGUUAAAAGAAAGAGCUUCAGAAAGGGGAGUUCGAUACGCUGGUACUGGUGUUACUGCUGGAACUAAUAGUCUGACGUUUUUUGGAACCUCGCAACAACGAGGUAUCAAUAUGCUGGAACCUGUCAGAAAUGAACCUACAAGAAAUCCAUUUAAAAAACAACGUGACUCAAUUGAGGUGGGACAGCAACAAUCCGGAUUUAUGUAA